AUGCCACUCCCAACCGGUGUGAUUGACCUUGGCCCGGAUAACACGCAGCAAGAAGCUCGCAUUGCAGUUACGAACAGCCUAUGUGCCCCGUAUGUUGCUCUGAGCCAUAGCUGGGGUACCGAAUCAUCGAUUGCUUCGUGGCAGCCACUCACUCUGUCCAACAGUAAUGAGUAUCACGUCGCUUUGCCUUACAGCUCACUACCCGCGAACUUUCAGGAUGCCAUCACGAUUGCAAAGCGGCUUGGAUUUCGAUAUUUGUGGAUCGACAGUCUAUGCAUCAUUCAAGACAACAGAGAGGACUGGGCCAGAGACGCUAGAGCCAUGGGCUCGGUCUACCUCAACGCGAAGCUCACCAUUUUCGCCAUGGCAAGCAAACAUAGCACAAGUGGUAUUCUGCGGAAGAACAGCCACGUCCCCAGACUGCGCUCGAUACCGUUACGGUGCCCUGAGUCUAGAGACGAAGGACAGCUCAACGUUGGGUUACCGUGGACUAAUGGAACAUCUCAUAUCCCAGAUCGGCACUUGUUCGAUCGCUAUGAGCACAUAAGUCAAGUCUUCCAGCUCCCGGCGAGAGGUCACCAUACUACCGCUCUCCACGACGACGACAACCUUCUCGACGAAUACUAUAAAAUGGUCCAACGGUACACCUCGCGAAGGCUCACAUACCAGUCCGACAAGCUGCCUGCUCUUUCAGGGAUAUGUCAGGGCCUGCACGGCGUUCUCGGUGGACAUUUUCUAGCUGGACUAUGGAGCGUCAACAUAGCGCAAGGGUUGGUCUGGAGGGUCGAGAGGGGCACCACCUCGCAAAAAGACAAACGAAGGCCAUCGUGGUCCUGGGCCACUGGCAGCUAUGAACUGGGGCAAUGGCCUUGUGGGAUACCUUUUGAGCCGGUGGCUUCCACUAGACACAAACAGUUGCGCCACGACUUGCGCUUGCUUGCACAUUCAGUCCAACUACGAAACGCGAACAACCCAUAUGGCGAAGUCGUUUCUGGACGUCUGACUGUCGUGGAUUGGACGUUACCGUUGUCGCAAUUCGAACCAUCCAGCGACGAUGAAUUUCCUAGGCCGGGCGCCGUAUACUGGGAUCGCCUGGAACGGUGUGGCGAGACUCGUACUUCACGCUUUUGGCAGGAUGUGUGCAUCCGCUACACUGACGGAAGGGCGCGUAUGGGAACUCUGCCGCGGCUUGGGCCGCCUGACGUUGAUGCUAUAGCUGGUUACUUCGAAGCCGAGGAGCUUCAUGACAGGGCGCAAGGGUCUCUUGUUGCACUCCUUGCUCUGCAUCGAGCCACGGACCAAAUGCACGACGCAUCUAAAACACAUGUAUCGGGUUUGAUCAUAGAGCCGACGUCUGAAGGCGCGUAUGAAAGACUCGGAAUGUUCGAGAUGGAAUUCCAACCACCGGCACCGGAGAGCACCACCCAGUGGAUCGAAAACAACUGGCAGUAUCAGACGAUCGAACUGGUCUAG